AUGGGGGGGCCCCCUUCUGACGGGACUCUUGUCACGGUCGACGUCACGCCCGCUCCCAGCUCCCCCGUUCAAAGCACUGGUGCUCCGGGCACGGUGACGUCAGCACCGGAUGGGACCGCUGAGCCGGGGGAAACGGCGGUUCCAGUCGCGACGGGCGUUAGCACGACUCAGGGCCCUGUGUCCGUCCAAACGCUGACCGUAACCCAGCCUCCGGUUAUCACCCAAACCCCGGUUGGAUCUCAGCCCCCAGUCGUAACCGCAACCCCGAUCUCAACCCAAGCGCCGGUCACAACCCAAACCCCGGUUGUCAGUCAAACCCCGCUUGGAUCUGAGAACCCAAUCGUAACCGCAGCGCCAACCCAGUUGCCGCUUACAACCCAAACCCCGCUCGUUACGCAGUCCCCGGAAACAACCCAAUCUCCGGUCACAUCCCAGACCCCGGUCACGACCGAGGUUCCUGAAUCCACUCAAACCCCGACAAGCUCCCAGUCGAUCCUAGUUACAACCCAAGCACCGGUAACCCAAACCCCGGUUACCACUCUUUCUACCAGCCCGACAAAUACUCCAGUCAGUUCAAUCUCCCCAGUUCCCUCCUUAUUGCCCAUUCCAACGGUCUCGCCUAAGACGCCGAGCCCCACUCUAGUUACACCAGCCCCGGUUCCCACCCCCAAGCCCACCGUCGCCCUGCUGACGUCACCCUUGACGCCCGUCCCCACCCUAGCUGACGUCACCACGCGGCCCCCGGUCAUCGUUCCGACCGAAGUCCCCGCUUCGAACGUCAUCGGCGCGAGCACCACGAACACGAUAAGCGUUCCGGGGCUGCCCGGAGAGUUUCAACCGGCCGAACCUUCGCAGCUCUUGAGAACCGUGAAAUACCUGCAGUCCAUCCCCGGUUCUGCCAAGUUUGCGGCCGGGUUUAACAGCCCGACGCCCCAGAACUUUGGCGGCGUUCUGCAGGUUCCUAAAGCCAAGGACUUCACGAAUGAUGCCAAAGUGACCAUUCCGUAUCAACUCACCGGAGCUACGGCAGCCCUCUGCGGGCCCACGUGCACGGCUCUGUGCCAGAUCGACGACGGAACCCCCGAGCCGUGCGGAAACUCCAACGCCGUGUCCAAGCCGGGCGACCUGUCAGACGGCUACCACAGGGUGACGGUCGCCUUUUACCCCGCCCCGGGGGCGUCCGCCCCUGUCGCAUUACUCAGCACCUUCUUCACCGUUGACACGGUCUCUCCAACUAUUGAGAUCGCCUUAGAAGCGGACAGCACCGAGUCCCCCCAGAUCUUCAUCGACGCCUCCACGGGCCAGCAAACCGUCUUCUUGACGUGGGCGACCAUUCAGCCUUGCCCCGGGUAUGCGGUCGCCAGCGAACCGGUCGGUGAUUUGAGCCCCGAUUCCUUCAACCUGGAGGGAGCCCAGAUUGUGAACUUCAAGAAAGAAGCUCCGGCGGGCGGGGCGCGAAGAAGGGCGCUUUUGCAGGCGACCGCGCAGGGGGGGGCAUCGUCGGGAACGGUCGCCUACAGCUUUCAGGUGGUACCGGUCGGCUCCGGCCCUCAAUUGCUGAGAGUUGCGGUCAACCCGGGGAACAUUUUCGACCUGGCGGGGAACCCCAUCCAAGUGACGUCGGAGUCCGCUUACGUCAUCUAUUACGACACUGUUCCCCCGAGCGCCCUCCUGCAACUGGUGAACAAGGAUCCCAGUGGUGUGGUGUCACUUUCGGCAGACCCGGGGGUUUCCCCCGACCGGGUCGUCACGCUCGUGCUGUCGUUCGACAAGCGCGUUUCCGGAUUCGACGCGACUUCGAUGGUCAUCCAGAACGGGACGCUGAUUCAGGCCGGUCCGAACGCUGCCACCGCGGACGGCUUUUCGUACGUCCUAACCGUGGUCAUCGACCCGAACGCUAACCUGGUGAUCCAAGCCCCCGCGGACAGCGCUUACAGCAUUGUCGGCCUCGGGAACACGGCGUCCAAUCAGUUGCAAGUGCUCAACUACGACGUUGACCAAAGGCUCCAGACGGGCGUGCGCGCGGCCGCGAUCGCGUCGCUGGGGGUAGUGGCGGCGGGAGGUUUCUUCGUCCAGGCGUCGUCGAGCUUGUUCAUUAACGUGGCCUCCAGCUUGAGCUUGUUCGCCGCCCGCCAGAGUCUCAACGCUCCGCUCCCGACGCCCUACAUCGACGCCAGUUCCGCUCUCUCCUUCUCCCUGUUCCGCUGGCCGUCGCCCUUUGACGGAAUCACCCGCGACAGCCCUAUUCCCUAUACGGACCGCCCACAGGCGCUCAACUCCGGCGUUCCGCCCGGCGGAACGAACGGAACGCUAGCCGCUACGAGCGAGCGGCUCGGCCGGCAUCUGCUGCAGUCCCUGCUGGGGAACGGAACAUCGAUCAACGGAACGGCUAACAGCGGAACGCCCACGAACGGAACCGCGGUGCCCGCUCCUCCUAACGGGACGAUUCCGUCCGUUCCGUUCAACCUGUCCACAACGAACGUAUUCACUCCGGCUAACACGUCGCUGGUCAAUCAAGCUCGUCCCGUGACGUUCAGCAAAGAGAACAUUUCGUACGAGGCGCGCGCUGAACUCUACAGCCAAGAGCUGAGUGUGAAUACGCUCAACCUGUUCCAAACGGUGGGCCAUAACGGGCUGCGCGGUCUUCUCCGAGCCGUGUUUUGGAUCACCAUGAUCCUCCUUUCCAUCGGGCUUCUCCAGCUGGCCUCAAAACCUCUGGCGCGGCUUCUCAAACGAGAAUCGGUCCCCUCGUUCCUGGUGUUUCCCGCCCUAGAGCUGACCUUCUUCUCCAUCGCAAUCGUGGCGCUCUCAUACGUCGCGCUGGGAGCGAUCGUGGGUAAAUCGGCAGCGGGCAUCGUGCUGGGCCUGGCCGUUCUGCUCCUCAUCCUAGUUUUCUUCUUGUUCGUGCUGUCAAUCCUAUGGCGCCACGUGGUCAUGAGCAAGUCGGUCGCCUUCGUUUCCGAGCAACAACGCCGCAGCAGGGGGGCCCGCGCGGCUUGGUUCCGAGCCCCCUUCGUCGGUUCGUGGGAGCCGGUAGAUUCCGAAGAAGGCGACCUCUUUCGGGCGAAGUACGGGUACUUUUACGCCGACUACUCCGGUCGCCCCUCCGAACUGGUGAACAUCGGCCCGCAGCUGAUGCGCUCGGCGACCCGGAAGGGCGCCCCUACCUCUCUGUCUUCAAAAUCGCUCUCCCGAAGAAGCGAUUCGUGGUCUCCGGCCGUGGAUUCCAUUGUUUCUGGCGCCCGGGAAGAUGAUCCCGUGGAGGAGUCUUCCGUUCCGCUCACCGGUGAUUCCGGCCCGGAACGGGAAGCGGGCGAGGACUCGCCUACCGAGGAGGACAGCGACUCAUUGCCAGAGCUCCGGAGCGGCCCGCUUGCAGUCGUCAUCGAAGUUGAAGAGGAGGAGGAGGAGAAGCACGUCAUCCACGUCACACCCGCGGAAACAGAUGACGUCACGCCAACGACAGCGGAAGAACAAUUUGCCGCGAGAGCCACGUCGGUCAAGUGGGAGGCGCCGCUCGAGGCGGCGCCCGGGAAAGCGCCCGCGAAACUCGCCCGGUUGCAAAGCGUGCGGUCGGUUCACCGGGUCGGAAGAGUGGGCUUCGCGACGCACUUCCGGCCGGGGUGGAAGAUGAUGUACCUGCUGGUGGUGGCCAUCGAAGCGGCUCUGCUGGGCGCGACCCACGGCGUCCGCUCGUCGUACUGGCAAGUCUGCCUCAUCGUCUCCAUGCGCGGACUUCUCGUUAUCGUGCUGGUCCUCCUUAAGCCCUUCGUCCGCGCGCCCCUCCAGCUGGCCGAGAUGUUCAGCACCGUGUGCGAGCUUGCUGUCGUCACGCUGGCGUUGGCGCUUGUGGUGAAGCAGGACGUCAACUCGAAGGGGCAGCUGCGCAAGAGCGAGGAGACACUGGGCUACACCAUGAUCGCGCUGCAGCUGCUGGCCAUCUUCAGCGGCGUCUUCAACGCGCUCGUUUCCAUGACAUUGAGACUCGUGGAAAACUUGUGGGGCAAGAAGACAGCGCUUCCGGUGCACUUCUAG